AUGUUGCCACCCAUUCUCAUCAUUUCAAUAACCAUUGUAGCAGUUGAAGUCAUUGUUGGAUUUACAGGAAAUGGAUUUAUUGCAAUUAUUAAUAGCAUUAACUGGAUCAAAACUAAAAGCAUCUCUUCAGCUGAUAUGAUCCUCAUCUUCCUGAGCAUAUCGAGAUGUAUCUUGCAGGUGACAAUAAUGAUACACAUUCAUAGUCUCUACUUCACGGAAGUGACUAAGUUGGCUUCUAUGUACAAAGCUUUUGGUGCUGUGUGGAUGUUUGUGAACCAUGCCAGUCUGUGGUUCAGCACCUGGCUCUAUGUGCUCUACUGUGUAAAAAUUAUCAAUUUCAACCAACGGCUGUUGCUGCAAAUCAAACUCAGGAUUUCUGGGAUGGUUCCAUGGCUGCUUCUAGGAUCACUGGUAGUCUCUUCCGUGACUUCUUUCCCAUUAUUAUGGAUUACACCCAGCACUUACCUCUGCAGUUCGACUGGGAACUGUAGAGAGAAUAGUACAGAACAUCUCACUAACUGGGAUAGCUCACACUUCUACCUACUUCUUCUUUACUUUACAGGUUGUUUUAUUCCUCUAGUAGUAUCUGUGGUGACUUCAGCCCUGUUAAUUGAUUCGCUAUGGAAACAUACCAAGAAGAUGCAAUGCUAUAUGAAUAGUUUCAGGGAUCCUUUGAUAGAUGUUCACCUAACUGCCAUUAAAUCUAUUAUUUCUUUCUUGGUCCUAUAUCUUUCUGGUUUUGCAGCUCAAAUUCUGUUGACACUAUCAACUUCUCAAAGUAAAGAUGUUUGGAAGGUUGCAAUUUCUCUAGUUGUAGCUGGAGCAUAUCCUUCAGUACACUCUAUUAUCCUGAUUUUAGUCAAUUCAAAACUGAAAUCAGAACUCAGGACAUUUUCCCAAUAUUUUAAGUGUUGUUUUGAAGAUGUGACUUUCUAA